UCCAGCUGCCACGGCGCGGCGCUUCUCCUCGUCCUCACGCUGCUCUCCGGCCACGGGAAGGGUAUCGUCGAGGCCGGCGGCGUCAGCAGCGAGCUGAGCUCGCUCACUCCAUCGACCCGAAACAGGGGGAUGACCACUCCGGGGAGCAUGGCGAGGGCCACCGGCCUGACCAUCAUGCUGAUUUCUGCCAGCAUCGGAAUGAACUCCGGCGCCGGCGGCGUCGUAGGCUUAAUCCUCAGCUUCAUGGGCAUUCUCGCCGGCGCUAACCUCAUCGCCGUCGGCGUCCGGAUGGCCAACGACCCAGCAGCUCGCAUGGGCCCCGCGGUCUUCGCCGGUGCAAGUGCUCUUGCAGCGUUCCUGCGCAGCCAUCUCCCUGUCGUGGGGCUCGUAAUUGCUUCCUGCGCCGUCGCCGCGGUCUCCGGCGGCGAUGCAGGCCCGGUGCUCUGCUUCGGCAUGUCUGCUCUGCUCUUGCUCGGGCUCUCCCUGACCACUAUCGGAAUUCUCGGCCAAUAGCAGCUUCAGUUCCUGCCUCCACUGUGCCGUCAGCCGUGUCCGUGUUA